GUACUUAUUCCCUCCCUGUAAUGAUUCCUUGGCUGCUCUUCCUUCCCCUGCCACUACCUGUUCUUGCUGGCAUAAACAAAUCUUUUGGAGUCCCUCCAUAUUUGCUAUCUCGUUACGUCCCUCUGGAUUCGGGCUCGUGGGAGUGUUUGAAUGGCUCAAAACAGAUACCCUGGGAAUGGGUGAAUGAUGAUUCCUGCGACUGUCCUGACGGCAGCGAUGAGCCAGGUACUGGGGCCUGUGCAAACACAAUGUUCUAUUGCCGGAAUGAAGGUCACAUCGGUGCAAGCAUUCCGAGUUCGCGUGUUAGGGAUGGUCUCUGCGAGGCCGAAUGCUGCGAUGGAUCUGACGAACUUCCGGGAGUGUGCAGUAAUACUUGUGCUACAGUUGGCGCCGAGCAUCGAAAGAAACGCGCUGAAGAACUCAAGAUACAAAAGACUGGCGCCAAAAUUCGGUCAUCAUACGUCGCCUUUGCCCACAAGGAGAAGAAACGGUUAGAGAACCUCAUUCAGACUUCGGAGCAGGAAAUUGCUGCCAAAGAGAAAGAGGUAGCCAGGUUGCAAGAAAUCGCCGAACAUGCAGAGUCGCUGUCCGCCGCUGAUCUCGAAUUCAAGAAACAAUCUCCUCUUUACACUUCCUUGAUUACCCAUUCGAAUGCUCUCAAAUCUUUACAGCGCGAAUACAAGAAACAUCUGGAACGCGAGGAAACCCUAAGCGAAAUCUUAGACACACUCCGUACGAAUUAUAACCCCAAUUAUCAAGACAUGGCUGUCCUCGAUGCAGUUCGCGGGUGGGAGUAUCUCGCUGGGCUGCCGCACAUCAAUGAUGUUGGAAAGGAUUCAUCAGAAACGGACGAACCUAACAAUGAAGCGGAGGGGGAUGAGUCCCCGCCAGAAGAAAUACUUGAAGAUGGCGAAUGGAGUGUUGAGGAGCUCGACAAUGAUCUCGACAAGCUUUUGAAAACGAAACACGUUGAAUUAUUGCUGGAGCACGAUGAAUAUGUCAGAUCGCCGCCUCCGGGAUCUCUGUCGGAGCUUUUCGACAUCGCCAACUAUCUCCCUGAUUCUUUGGUACCUCAAUAUGAAGACCUGAAAGAUGCGAUCCUUUCGUGGCUCGAGUCUUUCGGCAUUAUCCGUCCUGAGAUCGGUAGCUCAGCAGAAUCUACUCACGCACGUCAAGUCUUCACCGACGCAGAGAACACUCUGAAGAAGAUCCGCAAAGAUAAGGAAAACGCCGAGAAAGACUUUUCAGAGCUCUUUGAUCCUGCUGGCUUUGGGACUGAAGGUGAAUGGAAGAAGCUAGAUGGAACGUGCUUAGAGAAAGAUACCGGAGACUACACGUAUGAGGUGUGUUUAUUCGGCACCGCUAAGCAAAAGCCCAACAAGGGUGGUUCUACAUUCAAUUUGGGGAAAUUCGUGGCAUGGAAUCGGGAUGCAGAACCAGGACAACCCGCAUAUUACCAAAAACAAAAUUAUGAGAAAGGUACUAAAUGCUGGAACGGGCCAGAAAGGAGUGUGAUACUGGUGAUGGCCUGUGGAACGGAGAAUACCUUGUUGACGGUCGCCGAGCUGGAGAAAUGCCAAUAUCAGUUUACAGGAACCUCGCCGGCACUUUGCCUACCAGUUACGGAGUCUAGCAUGGAUAGAGAGGAGCUUUAACUGAAUUGAAACGUUUCCAACCAUGUAUUGGGUGUCAGGGACAUUGCUUUCGUCAAGACUCCACCUCAGCCUCAUGUUUGCCAAGUUUUGGAGCUGUAGUCGCAGGUGCUUGGAGUCGGCGGGAAUGCGUACCAUCGACCCUACGAAUUUACAAUCAGUAUGAUGCGAAUUUAGCGAGCUACCGUAACGAUUUGAUCGUGAUCAGGUCCUAUUAUCGAGUUCGGCGAGUAAGUAUGUUCCAUAAAAGUACGCGUCCAUUCUAGCCUUUGGAUAAUUGAACUAAACGUAAUCUGCUUUUGCGAGCCUCACAUGCAUCGUUCCUUUAUUUCUCGGUAACGACGAUGCAUCGUCGACGGGGUGCCUGUGAGACAGUUGGAGGUCGGGUACAGCUCCCUGUGGCGACUUCCUCGAAGACCGACUUCAAUGGAAUAGCG